AUGAGCGCGCAGAGGGAGAUCGCGGUGCAGGCGUGCGAAGACGACGCGAACGGUGGCGGUUCCGAUGCAGAGCGGCUGCGACGUUCAACGUCCUUCACAGGAACUUACCUACAUAUGGAGGAGGUCACCAAGCGUCGGGUUACAGCAGAGGAAUAA